CUAAGCACUUUGAGUGUAUUCCAUCUAUGUUGCUUCAUGAAGAUAGAGAGGGGUUGGAAUCUACUCCAUCUUCUAAUGAAAUCAAAUGGGCGAUUUGGGAGCUAGAUCCUGACAGCUCUCCAUGUCUGGACGGAUUUUGUGGUGCCUUCUUCAGGAAGUGCUGGGACAUUGUUGAGCUUGAUUUUGUCUUGGACAACGGGGCUGAGAUCAGUGAUCGAGAUCAAUUGGGGUCUUUUUUGGUUGGAUUUCUACGAGAAUUUUCACAAAAUGGUAGAGCUUGAUAGUCAUCCUAAGAUUUUAAACUGCAUUCCUAACAUCCUCCAGAAUUCUGAUCGUCUUAUGCUAGACGCAAUCCCUUUAGAUGCAGAGAUCAAGGGUGCGGUAUGGGAUCUUGAUCCUGACAGCUUCCCUGGCCCUGAUGGCUUCCCAGGUUCUUUUUUCAGGAGAUGCUGGGUCAUCAUCAACUCCGAUGUCGCUAACAAGGGAUUUUUCUCCUCAGGAGCAGGGCGCUUUUCAGAAAAGAAAAGUCAUCCCGACUAAUAUCGGUCUUGCCUCUGAGCUGGCUAACCUAAUGGGGCACUCUUCAAGGGGUGGGAGCCUGGGUUUGAAGAUAGACAUCAAAAAGGCUUUCGACACCAUUUCUUGGGACUUCUUAUUUUAUGUUCUUAGAAGGUUUGGGUUCUUGGAUACAAUGAUUGGAUGGAUCAAUACUAUUCUUAGGACAGCCAGAAUAUUUAUUCUACUAAAUGAUGGCCCUGUGGGUUUCUUUGAAGUUAGCAGAGGACUUUGCCAAGGUGAACCCAUAUCCCCUAUCCAGUUUAUUACUGCCGAGGAAGUCCUAUGUCGUGGUAUGGCUGAUUUAUCUACUAAAAGUAUGACUAAGCCGCUCACUGGCCCUCGAAGAGCUGAUGUGCCCACUCACCUCUUAUUCAUAGAUGAUGUCUUCAUUUUAGAUGGUGGAACAGGUGCUGAAGCAAGAAUGGACUUUGGAGUGUCCAAUUGCUUGUAAGGUCUGGUGCAAUUUCUUCCAUAUUUUUAAUAUUGGAUGGCCUCA